UUUAUAGAUCUAAUACACUAUAAACAAAAAUUUGACAGUCACACCUGUUUGCGCUUCCGGUUAUGACUAAUAUUAAAGGAUGAAUUUAUAAUAAUAUGACUAUUUAUGUUUACAUGAUCGUUAUAUAACUUUUUCUGUAGUCUCUUCUAGUGAUGAUAUUAUAAUCUCGUUUUUAAUUAGUUCCUUUCAUCAUUUUUUUAAACAAUAAUGGCUACUUUGUUAUCACAAUUAGGUGUGGGAGUUAAUCCUUUUAGUACUGCAGUUGGACAGAGAAUUGAGCAAGCCACUGAUGCCUCACUUGCUUCAGAAAAUUGGGCACUAAAUAUGGAAAUAUGUGAUAUCAUCAAUGAGACUGAUGAAGGGCCUAAAGAUGCAUUGAGAGCUAUACGAAAACGACUAUUGCAAAAUGCUGGCAAAAACUACACAGUAGUGAUGUAUACACUUACAGUACUAGAAACUUGUGUUAAAAAUUGUGGAAAAAGAUUUCAACUGCAAGCUACUCAGAAAGAUUUUAUUCAAGAUUUGGUUAAAUUAAUUGGACCAAAGAAUGAUCCUCCUACAGCUGUGCAAGAAAAAGUUCUUAGUCUGAUACAGAAUUGGGCUGAAGUUUUUAAAUCAAACCCUGAAAUGCAGGGAGUUGUGCAAGUUUUUGUGGAUUUGAAACAGAAGGGUAUUGAAUUCCCUUCUCCUGAUUUGGAUACUGCUGCUCCAAUCCACACACCUGCAAGAACUGUACCAGUGCAACCUCCGGCUCAACAUCAAGUUCAAAAUACUAUACCCCAAGAGAGUUCCUCUGCAUCUUCCCUUGAGCCACAUCAAGUGGAGAAAUUGAAGAAUGAGCUUGAAAUUGUUCAGGGCAACAUGCGUGUAUUUGGGGAAAUGCUAACAGAGCUUACUCCUGGAAAGGAACAUCAGAGUGAUUUGGAACUUCUCCGGGAUCUUUGUAAAACUUGUCAAAACAUGCAAGGCAGACUUGUAGAGUUAUUGGAUAAAGUUGGAAAUGAAAAAAUUACAGAGGAUUUACUUCUUGUAAAUGAUGAGCUUAAUAAUUUAUUCAUGCGUUAUGAUAGAUUUGAAAAAAAGCGUGCUGCCAUGAGCAAAGCUAAUUCUCAAGAAGCUCCUUCUAAUAUUUCUAUUGAAAAUAAACCAUUGAUUGAUUUGGAGGAAAGUGCAUCGGCAGUUGCAGCUACUAGUGAUCAGCUUAAGGAUUUAAAGCUCAGUGGAAAUGCUCCAGUUGAAGGCGGUGAUGGUUUUGAUGAAUUUGAUAUGUUAGCCCAAUCAAGGAAAACAGAAACUUUACCAAAACUAAACACUUCUUUGAAUCAAAACACUUCUUCAGUUACUGAAUCAUUUCAAGAACAGGAAUUUACACGAGAGCAAGAAUUUAAGGAAAUGGAGAGGUGGCUAGAAGAGCAGCCUGAAAAUGCUCCUUCAAUUGAACCCGGUGCAAAUUCAGAAGAAUUUGAUCGUUUUCUUGCCACAAGAGCUGCUGCUGCCGAAAGAUUACCAACCAUUAAUCCAUCUGCUGCUGCAUUAAAUACGGAGACACAAGAUGCUAAACCAGCACUUUUUAAGAGCUAACAUCUUGAAACCAAAAAAAUAUAUAUUUUUCAUUGGACCAGUUUAUGAGUAUAUUUCCUUUGUUCUGUAGAUUUGUGAUUUGAAGAUUUGUAAAUAAGACAGUGCAACUCAUUUGUUUAUAUUUUGAAUUUGUUUUAUUUCUAUUCUUUUAAAUUUUAUAGUGUUUUAAAUAAACUUUAUAUUUAAGAGAAAUUUAAUUCUGAGCUUUGCAAUUUUAUUUUUCGAUAAUGUGAUAUUUCAUGCAUUGAUGAAUUGUUCAGAAAAUAUAUCCCAGUGAAAUGGUUAGGGUUUAUAUAUAGUGCAUAAUCCAAGGUUUUCUGUAUGUGUAAAAUUUGUAUGUGAACAUAUGUUUGUAGUGAUCAAAAUAGAAUAUGGUGGCCAAUUUUUUGCAGUCAUUAUUUGUUCUUUAGUUAAUUUAUCACAGUUUAGAAAAUUAUGUCAUUAAUUAAGUUUUUGGCUUUGAACUUUAUUUUUUAAUUUUAAUAUUUGAAAUAUGUUGAAUAGGCUUUAACAAGAAUAAGUAUAACAUAUAAAAUUACUUAUAGGCGAGUUAAGAGUAUAAAAAAUGAUAUAUCAUUGUUAGGACAACCACACAAAUCUAUGAUUAUGUGUUGAUGAUUAUAUGUCACAUAUGAUACAAAAACAACCAUCUUUAUUCCGUUAAAUACACUAUUUAUAUUAUAGCAACACCAAAUUUUGAAUUCAAGCAAUAAAAUGCCCUACAGAUUUAAUUACUCCAGACAGCAAAAAUUAGAGUCAAGAAUCUUUUGAAUUCAGUGACUCUGGAAAAUUUUAUAUUGAAUUCUUCAGCAAUCUUAAUUUUGCUCAAUAU